CUUUGCCAUGACAGGUGCGGGAGACAGUGCGGAACCGAAGAAGGUCUGCCUGGUUCACUUGGACCUCGGCGUUGGCGGAGCCGAGCGGCUGAUGGUGGACGUUGGGCUGGCACUGCGCUCCAAGGGAAACCCCGUCCAGAUCAUCACGACCCACCACGACAAGAACCACUGCUUUCCUGAGACGCUCGAUGACCACUUCAAGGUGGUGGUGGUGGGUGACUGGCUGCCACGGUCGAUACUGGGCCGCUUCUACGCCCUGUGCUCGUACGUCCGCAUGAUGGUGGCCGCCAUGUACAUUGCUUGGUGCAGCGACAUCCAGCCCGACAUUAUCAUAUGCGACCAGGUAUCUGCGUGCGUGCCAAUCCUCCGUAUGUGCCGUGACGCCCGCAUCGUAUUCUACUGCCACUUCCCCGACCUGAUGCUCUCAAAGCCAGGUGGCCUGCUGAAGCGCGUCUACCGUUGGCCGAUCGACGCACUCGAGCAGUGGAGCAUGAAGUUUGCAGACGCUGUGCUUGUCAACAGCCACUUCACUGGAACGGUGUUCCGAGAGGUGUUCCCCCGGCUGUCCCACGUGCAGCUGCGUGUCCUCUACCCAGCUGCAAGCCUGUCGGCGAUCGAGCGUCCCCUGGAAGGAACCCUCGAGGAACUUGGCAUCGACAAGCCCCAGGGCGCGCUGUUCCUCUCACUGAAUCGCUUUGAGCGAAAGAAGAACCUUGCGUUGGCACUGCACGCCGUGGAGCUUGCAUGCCGCGAGACACCAGUACACCUGAUCAUGGCCGGCGGCUACGACCCCGAAUGCCGCGAGAAUGUCGAGCACUGGGACGAGCUUGUGUCUCUCGCCGAGCACCUGGGCGUGCUGCAGCGGGUCAGUUUUGUGCGGUCGCCCAGCGAGGCAGCCAAGCUGCUACUGUUGCACGCGUGCCGCGCCGUGGUCUACACACCGGCCAACGAGCACUUCGGCAUCGUGCCCGUCGAGGCGAUGUGCAUGCGGCGGGCCGUGGUGGCAUGCAACAGCGGAGGGCCCACCGAGACCGUGUUGCACGGCGAGACGGGACUGCUGUGUGACCCAACGCCCGAGGCGUUUGCCGCGAGCCUCGUACGCCUGGCGAAAGACCGCAGCCUAACGCAGGAAAUGGGCGAGCGUGGACGUCAGCGUGCAGUGGAACUUUUCUCUUGGCAACGCUUCGUGCGCGAGGUGCAGGAAGUCGCCUUUGGAGACGAGGAACACAAGGAUCGGUAACGGCCAACCCACCACACUGUGAACUUCGUACAUCGUUGUUCAUAUCCUGGUGUUUUGGGUGUUCUUUGGUGCUUAUGAUCAGUGGCUCUGAUGCAGCAGAUAAAACAGCAUCGGAAGACAGCUUAAUGAAGCUGGCAAGAUACGACCGCUUUAUGGAAGUUGACACCACUUUUGACAAAUCGUGUUUCCUUUCAUGCACCAUUUUAAAGCCCCCUUCGGCAUUCUAUUGACAAACUUAACUCUGACUGUAAACUACGAAUAGCUUAAUAAAAGAAGUGAUGUACAAUGCAGCCGAGGAAGGUAUAUGAGAAAUUACUUGUAGCCUUCUAAAUUUAUUAUUGCAGUGAUUAUACUCUAAAUGUAAAGAAAUUAAAGUGGAUGAAAAAAGAACUUGCUGCUGGUAAGGACCUAAUCUGCAACCUCCGGAUAAUGUGCCCAGUCAAUUCACAGCAAGUCAUCCUCAUCUACACCUCCCUUGACUUCAUUGUCUGCUGUAUUUCACUAAAGUAGUGCAUAACAAGAAAAUGAGCCUUUGAUAAGUUACUCUUUCGAACUAUAGGAGGGAGGCUUAUUGAGAUCAGACCACAGUUGCACCACAGCAUAGCCUAUCCAUCACCUGAUGGUAAUGCACUGUUAUAUCAGCACAGAAAAUCGAUUAGGUGAUCCUGCUAAAUCUGCUUUUCUACCCAUAAAAUGUUUCUUCACUUUCAGGCCCUUUAUGAAGCCUGUGGAUGCAAUUACACUCAAACCUCAUAAUGAAGUUACAUCUUAAUUAAAAUAAGUUCAUUACAUCUGAAGGUUCAUUGUAUAAGUAUAUUCCCAACACUGUCUCUACAGCAAGAGUAUUUCUUAACUUGCUUUUUUAUGACCUGUAUUUCGUUAUAAUUGGGUUCAAUAUAUCGAGGUAUGAGUGUACCAGUUUGGUACAGCAGCACUCUGUGAACUGUCAACAAAAGCGAACUUGUCGAAGUGUACAUUGCUUCCUAGUCAGCAUUAUUGUAUACAUUAGGAACAUAAAGCUGAAAAACUAUACGACAAAUUAUAUAUGUUGAUUUGCUUCAUCUGUUUGUUUCUUUACAUUAACAUAGCUAAAGGGCACACCGUGCCCUUUAACCAUGUCAAUGUGCCUUUUAGCGUAUAAUCCUCACAAUCUUCCUGUCCUUUGGCGCUGUAUUGCCAGCCACCAUAUGGUCUUACAUGCAACACCUAGCCCACACUGUAAUAUUCUCACACCUGUGACGAACGCCUGUCACAGUCACGACUUGCGUGUUCACUGGUUUGUUGAGGAACGUAUACUAGACUGACAACUCUACAUAUACCAUUACAGAGCAUCUAUAUUACAAUGGCACAAACUUUACAGUGAGCGUAGCCGCUUCCAUCCAACAAAAAGUGUCAAAACGCACCACGGCAGGAAAAGUUGUCCUGGCUGGAAAAAAAGAAUACUGUGGUUUUGUUGUGCGCUUGUAUUUUUUGUGUGUGUGUUGUAAAAGUGUUGAGGAAACGUGUGUUAGCUGGUCACCAACACAUCUUAGGAAAUACUUGUACAGUUGAACCCCUUUACGAAAGGCAUGCUACGGGCGGCAGUUUUUGUCUAUUGUUGAGACGUUUCUUAUAAGCAGGGUACCACGUAUGAAUUCCCUCAUCAACCUAUAUUUUACUCUAGGCGCACUGGUUUCUUUUAUAUCCAUUAGUCUCUUAUGUCGGUGUCCUUUACAAAGGGGUUCAACUGUACUACCUGCCAAGAUCUGUCGCACUGUGACAUCUAUCAGCUUAAAUUGGCACAUCAUCAAAACAAUCAUAUGUAGUACUUUUGUUCUUGUUUAUUAAACGUUAUGAAAAGUUUUUUCUAAACAUUCCCUGUUAAAUGACGCUUGGUGCUUGCUUUUGAACUACUUUUGUGAUUUAUAUCUGUUGUUACGAAAGAGUUUCCAGAAGUUGUGCUACGUAUCACUUGAUAAAUUAGUGGUAAUACUUUUUAAACUAGGCUUGUGCAAAUAGUGAAAUUUAGGUUCGAACUGAACCUAAAUUCGAAGUUAAUAGCAAUUUUGGUGGAAUAAUUUAGAAUUGAAUACGUAGUAUAUAUCACAUAUAAAGGAAAAUGGGCAUAUCUGUCAUGACCAAACUAACCUGCACAAUAUAUUUCAAAUAUUGAAACAAGGCCUGUGCAAAUGCCAUUUUUUUUAUUCAAAGGAACAGGAAACAAUUUUGGAUAGUAGCAGGAUUUGCCUUCGAGUAGAAUGCAUGUGAUAACUUAUAAGAUAUCUUACAUUUUAAAAUUUUCUGUACUUGAAGUAUAUAAGCCAGUAAAGCAAGUUUGUUCUUUUUUACGUAAAUUAUAAAUCAAUGUGAGAAUAACAUAUUCAUUUAACCUUGAUU